AUGCCAACUAUCACCACGGCUGAGACGCGUACUCUCAAAGUCGAGGCGACGACAAAUGGCAUACAUCCCAGCGGCGACCCCGACUUAGCAUUCCCGAAGGACAGCGAGACUGAACCGCCAGUAUUCACCGACAAGUAUGAAGAAAGACGGUUCCUCAAGCAUCGUCUGGCGCUGGCGUUCAGAAUAUUCGGAAAGCAGGGUUUUGGAGAAGGAGUUGCAGGACACAUCACGGUACGCGAUCCCGUGGAGUCGGAUACCUUCUGGGUGAACCCUUUUGGCAUGGACUUCUCUAUGAUCCGAGACGAGGAUUUGAUCCGGGUCAAUUCAGAAGGUCAAGUCAUCGACGGCGGGCGGAACAGACUCUUGAACUACGCCGCAUUUGCUAUUCACUCUGAGAUUCACCAUGCGCGCCCAGAAGUUCACUGCGCUGCACAUUCUCAUAGCCCUUGGGGUCGAACGUUUUGCGCCACAGGGCGCCAAUUGCAAAUGCUUUCCCAAGACGCAUGCGUAUUCUAUAACGACCACGCGGUCUAUCGGAACUUUGCCGGUGUCGUUCUCGAUGCAGAAGAGGGUAAGCGCCUUGCAGAAUGCUUGGGAGGAAAGAAGGCGCUCCUGCUCGGCAACCACGGCCUCCUGGUUGCAGGAGUCACAAUCGAGGAAGUAGUGGCAUGGUUUGUCCUGCUGGAAAAGCUGUGCCACGACCAACUGGUAGCUGACGCCUCAAGCGCGGGCAGCGGUGUCCCCCUGGUGGAGAUUGGGCCCACUGAAGCAAAAGCCACGUGGGAGGCGUUGGGACACAGCAAGGCUGGAUAUUUUAUGGGAUUGCCCAAAUUUCAGGUUGCGGAACGAGAGGAAUUUGGAGAGAGUACAUAUCUGGGGAAAGGACUAGAACCCUUGUGA